AGAAAACUCUAUUUCCUUUUGACUUUAGGGUAUAUAAAUAAGUAAAGUACAUUUCUUCCAAAUGAUUGCACUUGGGGAGUGAGCGUGGCUAUGAACAAUUACGAAGAAACUGAACUAGCUAGCUAGCUGUAUAUAAAGCGGAUACAUACUGAAAUCAUAUGAUCAAUCAAAGAGCAUGGGGUGUAGCAAUAUGAAGAACGCCAUGAUAGCAUUCUUGGCUCCUCUUCCCUCCAUCCUCUUCUACCUUUCAUUCAUCAAUAAUUCCACUCACCCAUCUCUUAUUAUUAUCUCAACAUGGCACCCUCUUCUAUUAGUUAAUCUCAUUUUCUUUUUCAAUGUGAAUCUCCUCUUUUGGCUCAUUGCUCAAAUCCAAUCCAGCCAUUGGAUGAUUGACCCUUACUGGACAGUGAUACCUGUCAUGCUUGUCCAUUACUAUUCCUCCCACCCUUUGUCUAACUAUGAUUCCUGGAGGUCAAGGAUUGUAAUCAUCUUGACCUGGUUGUGGAGUAUAAGGCUCUUUCACAACUACUUCAGACGAGAAAAGUGGCAAUGGGGUGCCAGAGAGGAUUGGCGUUUCACUGAUAUGUCCCAACAAUAUGGAAAACAAUGGUGGUGGGCUUCCUUCUUCUCCAUCUACCUCUCUCACCAGUUUUUGCUGAUUGGACUAUCACUUCCCAUGUAUGUCAUCCAUUCGGUGAAUCAGCCUCUCAACAUAUGGGACUUGGUAGCCGCAGUCGCGUGUCUAUCUGGCAUCGUCAUAGCAUACUUUGCAGACACUCAGCUAUACAACUUUGUCAUGAGUAGAGACCAUAUUGAAGAAGGAGAUGAUGACAAGGGUACUAAGAUCCUUGAGAGUGGGUUAUGGUACUAUUCUCGGCAUCCAAAUUACUUUGGUGAGCAGCUUUGGUGGUGGGGACUGGUUGUAUUCGCUUGGAAUUUGGGACAUGGAUGGGCAUUCAUAGGAGCAUUGGGUAACACAAUGUGUUUGGGUUAUGUGACAAAACUUGUGGAACAACGAAUGUUGAAGCAAGAGAAGAGAGCAGAGGCGUAUAAGAUGUAUCAGAACACAACUUCCGUUUGGAUCCCAUGUUUCAAGUUCAAGUUCAACUCAUCUGCUUCUUCAGAUUUAGAACUCAAAAUUAAGAAUGCUUGAUAGAUGUUUUUCUUAUAAUUAAGAGAUUUGGUAUGAUUCAUUGUCCCACCAUCGUUUCUAUCGUCUUCAUUUUGUGUUGUUUGGUGCUUAUUAUUGAGAGUGAGAGUUGUGAGCUAAAGCAAAGAAUCUUUGUUUCAUAUAGUCAUAUUUUGUGAAAGGGAUUAUAAGUGGUUCAUAUUUUGAUUAUCUUUAUUUUAUUAAGGUAUUUUGUGAAAAAAUAAUUAAGCUAUCCUAAGAUUUAAAGAGUAUU